CACUCGCAGUGAGGGACGUUCGCUGCAGUCUCUCCCGCGCCCCCGAUCACCGCAACACACACACACACACACACGCAAGCACGCAAAAUCCUAAAAAAUAAUUAAGUCCUUGCGUUAGACCUGCGACGGGAUCAUUAGCUGAGUUCUCAACGUCUUGGUCUCCGUCUCACGCAAAAACUCACGCAAUUCUUCACACAACCCAUCAUCCAGGGUCUCUCUCCCCCGCGUGAGAUAUCCCUGGAUCACCCCCACCCCAAUCAUAUAAGACAAAAUAUAUUCAACUACUCGUCCCCCCAAAAAAUAUCAGAACUUCUCCCCCCACCCCCUUGCACGAGGCGCCGGUAUAGUGAGCGAGAUCAUCUGUUUCGUCUCCACCAAGACCGUAGAAUAUUCCUGCAGUCUGUCGCAAAACAACACAGGACGUCCUCCUCAAUAUUGAUAAUUUCCGUGAACGUCAACAUCACUUCGGCAGUUCCAUCCCCAAGACCUCAAAUUCACAGUAACCCGGAUCCUCACAGCAUCUAAGAGCUUCCUCGCACUCACGUCAAAAAGUAAUUACACACACAGGAACGUCUCCCGCAUAAAAACAAACCAACCAGAACACUCACUACCUGCCGGCAAGUUGAUCACCUCGACGACUGUGCGUGAAUCAAACCGUCGAACCAGGAGGUGAGUGUCAGGUCCCCGGGCAUCACUGAGCCACCCACAACACAUUAGAAGACCGUCUUAGCUGCUGGUGCUGUUCCCGCCAAAACGCAUCACCGGAUUCUCUUCGCGCCAAAUUUUUCAUGAAAUAACUACAGAAAACAGCUGUUAAGUUGCCAUGGAGACGCCAACGCCACGCCCCUACCCCAAGCUGACUGUCCUCCUGCUGCUGCUGUUCACCUGUCCACUCUCCACUCAUGGAUCACCCCUGUUGUUGGCCAAAGAGCGGCUAUCUUACUUCGGCAUCAAGACCCCACCUGUUGAGUUGAGCGAGAGGAGUGCGGGCCAUGUCGAUGCUUUCUGCGGCGCCCCUAACGGCCUUUUUCCUCAUGAGUGGAACUGUGGUCAGUUCUUCUCUUGUUCCAACGGACGAGGCUGCCUCAUGGAGUGCCCUAGAGGGACGCAAUUCCACUGGACUCUUCACGUGUGUGUCUGGCCCAACCAGGCCAAAUGCUCUCCCAAGUCGGGGGCGUUGCCAUCCAAUUGGCCACCACUGAGAUUGUGUUCUGAGGCAGCAGCCGUCCAACCACCAACACCCCCUUCUCCUCCUACACCCCCUACUCCCCCUGCACCCCCUACUCCCCCUACACCCCCUACUCCCCUUACACCCUCUACACCCACUAUACCACCCUUUUUCCCCAUCACCCUGCCACCCAGUCCACCCAUCACAAUCUCUCCCAUUUUUCCCUGUCCUUGCCAGAUAGGCACAGCACCCACGCCUGGUCCAGUUAAACCAUACCCAGGUAAACUACCACUUCCAGGACCAGUAUUACCACACCCAGGACAACCACACCCAGGAAUACCACACCCAGGACAACCACACCCAGGAAUACCACACCCAGGACAACCACACCCAGGAAUACCACACCCAGGACAACCACACCCAGGAAUACCACACCCAGGACAACCACAUCCAGGAAUACCACACCCAGGACAACCACGCCCACCCAGGCCAAUUCCAGGGCAAACAAGCCCACCCAGACCAAUUCCAGGACAAACACACCCCUCCAGACCAAUUCCAGGACAAACAAGCCCACCCAGACCAAUUCCAGGACAAACACACCCAACCAGACCAAUUCCAGGACAAACACACCCCUCCAGACCAAUUCCAGGACAAACACAACCCCUCUAGACCAAUUCCAGGACAAACACAACCCUCUAGACCAAUUCCAG